GUGCCGCACAAUAACUCAAAGGGAGAUAUUCGCCUUCAUGCAUGAAGAAACAACGUGAGGCUGUUGUGUCUGGAUGAAAAAGACAAAAACUGAUUUGGCAUCAACCUGCAACAGGCAUUAUGUGUGAUCUGGACCUGUUUUAUGAAGCGAUACGUGGGCCUCGACUCCUUCUCCUCCCGGGGGUCAUCAUCAUGUGCUGCUUUUUGUCUUCACCGUGCCACUGGGUAGCCUCCCAGAAGAAAACAGCAUGUAACGUGGAGGACAACAGAGCUGACUGCAGCCACCUCAGUCUGAACGAAGUUCCUGCAAACCUUCCCAGUAACAUCACCAGCCUGGACAUGUCUCACAACAGACUGGUGGCUCUGGCUCCUGUCUCACUGGCUCCAUACACAGGACUCCUCCACCUUGAUGCUGGCUUCAACAGUAUCACCAGGCUGGAGGAAGGUUUGUGCCUGAGGCUGGCUUUGCUGCAGAUGCUCAAUAUGGAACACAAUGAAGUGCAUUUGCUGCAGCGUGAGGAUCUGAUCCACUGUGUCCAUCUGACGUGGUUAAAUAUGGCUGGUAACAGGCUGAAAAUCCAAGGAGAGCUUUUCUCUGCACUAACGAGUUUACAGUUUCUUGAUGUUUCCAAAAACAACCUACGGUCGGCCAAGCUCGGCACUCAACCCCAACUCCCCAGCUUGGUGACCCUCAGAUUGUCGUUCAAUAGCAUCACCACUCUAAAGAAAGAUGACUUUUUCUUCCUUAACCAGUCUUUUCUGCAAGUCCUCGACCUGACAUCAGUGUCUCUGAAAACGGUGGAGCCUGGUUGCUUACAGCCUAUUUCGAGCUUGAACACUUUGAUCGUAGAUGGGAACAAUCUUGGCACUUUGGUGAUUUCCAAACUCUGCUCAGAGCUCUCAGACACGGCCAUCAGAUCUUUGUCUCUUCAGAAAGUGAAGCUGGUGACACUCACAAAAUCAACCUUUAAAGGGCUUGAAAACACAAAUUUAACCUUUUUGGAUCUAUCGGACAAUAGCAUGGGUAAAAUCGAGGAAGGCUCUUUUCAGUGGUUGCCCACGCUGCGGAAUCUAACGUUGGUGGACAACAACAUCAAGCAUUUGAACAAGGACACAUUUCAGGGGCUGAAAUGUUUGACAAAACUCAACCUGAGGAAGGCCCUGGUGAAGAGUCGGACCUCUUCAACUCCAAUUAUUGACGAUUUCUCCUUCCAACCAUUGGGUGCGCUGGAGACUUUAGUAUUACAGAGAACGGCUGUUCGUGAACUCACAGAACAGACCUUCACAGGCUUGACAAGCCUUCAAGAACUUGAUAUAAGCUGGAGCAGCUAUGCAUCACUCCGAAACAUCACCAACAAGACUUUAGCCUCGCUUGCUGGAUCGCCUCUCCGAAAGCUUAUUCUCACAGGCACAGCAAUAACAAACAUUGGCCCCGGAGCCUUCUCCAGUUUGAAGAACCUCACCCAUCUUUUUCUAGAUUUUAACUUUAUCAGGCAAACUCUUACAGGGAAAGAGUUUGAUGGCCUCAGCCAAGUUCAAGUGAUUAAUCUUUCCAAUAAUCACCAGACAAUUGAGCUAAGCUUCAAAUCAUUUAUCAAUGUGCCCAAUCUUCAGGUGCUGACAUUGGGAAAAAGCUUGUCAGGGACAACCUUGUACCUGGAACCUUCUCCAUUCAAGCCCCUGGUGAAUCUCACCAUCCUGGAUCUCAGUAACAAUAACAUUGCCAACAUCCGACCAGAUAUGCUGGAUGGACUCACAAACCUCAAGACACUGAGGCUUCAGCACAAUAACUUAGCCCGGAUGUGGAAGAGAGCCAACCUCGGUGGACCAGUCCUGUUUCUAAGAGGGGUUCAGAGAUUGUCAAUUCUGGACUUGGAUAAUAACGGGCUGGAUGAGAUCCCGCUGGAAGCUCUAAGAGGUUUGACAAACUUGCAUGAAUUAAGCCUUGCCAACAAUCUUCUGAAUACACUUAUGGACACUGUUUUCGAUGAUUUGCUCUCGCUCCAGCUUUUACGUUUACAGAAGAACCUGAUUACCACUGUGAGGCCAACAGUGUUUGCACAACCUCUGGCCAACCUCAGCUUGCUUGCCAUGGACAGAAAUCCAUUUGACUGUACCUGUGAGAGCAUCUUAUGGUUUGUGACUUGGUUGAAUCACACAAAAACCACCAUAGCUCCUGGUCUCAAACACCAGUAUAUAUGCAACACUCCCCUCGCUUACUUUAACCACUCAGUCAUGGAAUUUGACACACUAUCUUGCAAAGACAUGGCCCCGUUUUGGGCUCUUUAUGUGCUGAGCAGCACGGUUGUUACUACUGUGAUUGUAAUUGCACUUCUGGUGCGCUUCCAUGGCUGGCGAAUUCAGUUUUUUUGGAACAUUGUGGUCAGUCGUACCUUAGGAUUCAGUGAUGCCAAAGCUGAAGAAGGCAGAGAGUUUCAGUAUGACGCUUAUAUCAUACAUGCAGAGGAAGACGCCAGCUGGGUAGAGAGAAGGCUCAUCCCCUUAGAAGAGGACAACUGCAGAUUUUGUUUGGAAGACCGGGAUUCAGUUCCUGGGAUGUCACAACUGGCAUCUAUUGUGGACAAUAUGAGAAAUUCACGAAAAAUCUUGUUCGUCAUCACUGAAAAUCUUGUAAAUGACUCCUGGUGUAGACUAUUUAAAGCCCACCACGCCCUUCACCAGGUCAUCGAAGCCAGCAGGGACUCUGUGGUCCUGGUUUUUCUGCAGGAUGUGCACGACAGCAGACUGUUUCGCUCACUUUACCUUCGCAGAGGAAUGUUACGUCCAAGCUGCAUCCUCCACUGGCCCGUCCAGAAGGAGCGGGUACCUGCAUUUCGCCAGAAGCUCUUCAUUGCACUUGGCAUGACGAAUCGACUGCAGGAGUAACUGCAUUAGCAAUAUUAGAAUAUUCCACUUAAACUGUGUCAUGGGAUUAUGAAAUGCUACCAGUUACUAAACCGUUUGCUCUAUAUGUAUGUGGAUAUUCAUCUUAUUUGCAGCUCAGAAACUCAACUCGGAGGUUAUUUGAUGAUUUUGAAUUACAGUGUUUUACAAGUAUUGUUUAACUGAACAAGACCUCUGACAUUUGUUCCUUCAAAAAUAUGCAGAAACCCCUGACAUCUUGUGGUCAUAAAAAUCAAUGACAUCCUUUUGUGUGCUUCAAAUCUCAUCCAAAAGGCUCAUUUAAAUAUUGCAAACACCAUACUCUUUUUUUUUUUCUGAUAAUGUUGUAUUAUUUAAAUAAAUAUUGAGAGUGUCAUACAAUUUUGCUGCAAAAACAGCUCAAUUUCAAUUUCAAUUCAAUUCAGCUUACCGGCCACUUUAUUAGGUACAUUUUGCUC